CACGACUUCAUCACACCCUCCAACAUUUGGUUUCAUCUACCCUCUUUGUGCUUACCAUGGCAAAUCGUCCUAGAAAAUUCAUUGACUCAUGUGAUGAUCAUAGUUGUCAUGCACAUCCACCACCACCACCGCCACUUCCUCCGCCACCAACGUCACUCGAUCAGCCAUUCUCACCAUACCUGAUCUUCAUGUUCUGUGGUCUUUCUGUGUCGCUCUCUUUCAUUUGUUACCUCUUAUUCGCGGCGAGAUAUGGAAGUCGCCAAAGAAACAACGAGAAUACAGAUGAAACCCAUGAAGAUUUCGUGAACGAGGAUCUUGGCCCGGUUGUUCACCAUCCUAUUUGGUUGAUCAAUACCAUAGGUCUCGAGCAAUCACAGAUCGAAUCUAUCCAAAUUUUCAAGUAUAAAAGAGACCAAGGGUUAAUCGAAGGGACUGAUUGUUCGGUUUGUUUGAGUGAGUUUGAAGACGAUGAAAGUCUUCGGCUUUUGCCCAAGUGCAGCCAUGCCUUUCAUGUCCCUUGUAUAGAUACAUGGCUACGUUCACAUAAGACCUGUCCUCUGUGUCGAGCUCCGAUCAUCAAGAACACAAGUGAACCAACUGAGACUGUAAUCGAUUCAAGUUCGAGUGAGCCAAUUACAAUGGAGGAAACGUCCCCAGGCGAGGAUUCUGAAACUGUUGAUCAUCACGUGAUUGAAGUUGAAAAUGAUGGAGAAGUGGAGAAAACUUGUAGAAUUCUGGAUGAAACAAGCAGUGGGGUAAGGGCGAUUAGUGAUUUGGCUGAACAUCAUCGUGUUCAGAGAGAUGGGUCAGUAGCAAUGAGGAGAUCAGUUUCAAUGGACGAGUCCUCAGCUUCCAUUGUUCAAUUAGCGGUGGCGAACGUUCCUCCUCCUGAUCAAGAAAGGCCUUUGAUGACUAGUCAAUUCGCGAUGUCAAAGAAACUAAAAGGCCUUCCAAAAAGUGGAAAUAAGCUCAAAGGGACUUCGAGCUCUAGCUUUCGCAUAUACAAUAAAGCAAUGAAAAGUUCUUCGUUUGGGCAUUCUUCACAAAAGACUACUAGUUUUACAAAUAAAUGUCCCCAUAAUCGAUCUUAUUGAAUUCUAGGAGACUAUACUAUCACUAUAUAUGAAUCUUGAUGAUUGAUCCUUCAAGAAUCCUAGCUUGUACUAGAUGGUACUUAUUGUAAUUUAUACUUCGGGAACUUUGACAAGGUUUGUGAUUGGAACCGGAAGCUCAUUUACUUCAAAGUACCAAUACAUAUUACGAUUCCAAUUUCAAUCCAUGGAAUAUCUUAUGAUCGUUAAUUCAAUAACUUGAUCAUGCAUGUUGUCAUGAUUUUUAA